CGGAAGUGAUCCCAGAGGACCGACUUGCGGCUGAGGACCCCGGCGGCAGGCCCAGGUUCGGGACCAUGAGCUGGAUCCCUUUUAAGAUUACGCAGCCCAAGAAACAGAUUGUUCCCAAAACAAAUGUGUAUACUUCAGAACGAGGUUCCAGUAUGUCCCUGGUCCCUGAGCUGCAAUCCGAGAGGCUGCAAUUCUGGCAAUGUUCCCCUUGGGUCUUUCCCCAGUGGAGGAGACAGAUCUCAGGACCAGUGGGCUACAGAAGCCACGCUGGCUACUGGAAACGGGAGGUGAAAGGUUGAUAAACUCCUCUCAGGCUGUCAGGUGGCCUUAAGCAACGUCAAGUAGAAGAACAGCGCUCUUCCCACUGACCUCAAGUUCCUCAUCAACCAGAAUGAUCCAUCUGAGUUGGAAACCUGAGGUCUCUCCCUGUGCAAGCCCAAGCAGUCCCCAGGACAGUUGUGAGCCCAGGCUCUGAAGAGCCCACAGUGUUCAGACUCUACCCCUCAGCACUGGUGUGGCCUUGGGCCUCUUUCCCAGUGCCGGGCCAGUACCUUGAGGCUGACAGUUACACCUGUUGUAGGUUGAGAGAGACUUUGAGAGGGAGUAUGGAAAACUCCAGCAGCUGGAAGAGCAGACCCGGAGGCUGCAGAAAGACAUGAAGAAGAGCGCCGACGCCGACCUGGCCAUGUCAAAAUCUGCUGUGAAGAUAUCCUUGGACUUACUCUCCAAUCCCCUCUGUGAGCAAGACCAGGACUUUCUGAACAUGGUGACAGCCCUGGACACGGCCAUGAAGCGGAUGGAUGCCUUCAACCAGGAGAAGGUGAACCAGAUCCAAAAGACUGUGAUUGAGCCCUUAAAAAAGUUUGGCAGCGUCUUCCCGAGCCUCAACAUGGCUGUGAAGCGGCGGGAGCAGGCCUUGCAGGACUACAGGAGGCUGCAGGCCAAGGUGGAGAAGUACGAGGAGAAGGAGAGGACGGGGCCGGUGCUGGCCAAGCUCCACCAGGCCCGAGAAGAGCUUCGGCCCGUGAGGGACGACUUCGAAGCCAAGAACAAGCAGCUCUUGGAUGAGAUGCCGCGGUUCUACAGCAGCCGGCUUGACUACUUCCAGCCCAGCUUUGAGUCCCUGAUCCGGGCGCAGGUUGUGUACUACUCUGAGAUGCACAAGAUCUUUGGAGACCUGACCCAGCAGCUUGACCAGCCAGGCUACUCAGAUGAGCAGCGAGAACAGGAGAAUGAGGCAAAACUGAGCGAGCUUCGCGCUCUCUCCAUUGUAGCUGAUGACUGAAUUCCUGCAUAUUGUGUUUGGAGGACUCCUGGGACAUGACCAGCCCUCUGAUCCCUGCCCUGACCUGGGCAGGCCCAUGCUUUUCCCGCAGGUUGGGGUGGAGGUGGCCCCAGUCGACCCCGGUGGCCCUUUGCAGUGAGCGUCUUCCUGAGCAGCAGCCUCCUCACAGCCCCAGACACGGUAAGCAGUGUAGCAAUCCCCCAGGGUUUUACUUCCAGAAGAACCGUCCAAAGUAUGUCCUGGCCAAAGGGCAGAGCCAGCUGCAGCCUCACAGAGGGCAUGGGCUCUGCCAGCUUAGCUGAGGUCUUAGUCCUGCCUGCACUGCAGGGUACAUCUACCUCACCCAGGAGUCCACCAGCCCCUCCUCUCCAUUGACUUUUCACUUCAAAGACUACUGGGAAAAGGCCCAUGACCCUGGCCCUGCCCAGGGAAGAGAGCAGAGAGGCCCUCAAGACCGCUUCCCAGCAAGACACAGGCUGGUCCUACACAGCAGUGAGCCCUGGGUCAUUCAGGUUACCCAGGUAACUGGGACUCAAAGCAGCUGUCCCACCACACAGAAUGUCACACGUGAAUUCAUAGGCCUCUGAGCAGAACUGUGAUUUGUCUCACCUGGAUAUUUGGGAUUUUAUUUUUUCAAGUAAAGUUUUCACU